ACUGACUGGGGUCUGCCUGUGAGAAAGUUAAACACCCAGUUACAGAGGGAGGGUGACAGGCCAAGUGUGAGGAGCUUAUUUGUGAGUUUGUGGGGGCUGACUGUAUUAAAAGCAGAGCUAUAGUCUAUAAAUAGCACUCUGACGUAUGUGUCCUGGCCCUGUAGGUGAGAAAGGGCUGUGUGGAUGGCAGUGUUGACUGCAUCAUCCGUGGACCGGUUCUGGCGAUAUGCAAACUGUAGAGGGUCCACAGUUGCCGCCGGGAUGCUCUUUUUGAUGUGGGUCAUGACUAUUCUUUCAAAGCACUUCAUAACAAUAGGAGUGAGUGCUAUAGGGCGAUAGUCAUUCAAGCAGGUCACGUUGCUCUUCUUGGGUACGGGCACUAUGGUGGUGGACUUAAAGCAGGUCGGUACAGAUGCUUGUGCAAGCGACAGGUUAAAUAUGUCAGCAAGCACAUCAGCUAGCUCUGAUGAGCAAACCCGAAGUGCACGUCCUGAGAUGUUGUCUGGCCCUGCUGCUUUUCGUGGGUUUGUUUUGUUUAGAACCCUGCGCACAUCAGCUGAUGUCACCAUGAGAGGUGAGUCCUGUGUGCUCCCCAGGUUCAGCCACCCUCUCUGCUCAUCAGGAGUUUGGGUGUCAAAGCGGGCAUAGAACUCAUUCAGCUCAUCUGGAAGUGUGGUUUGGCUGGACGUGGCUACGCUACUCCGCUGUCGAUAGUCUGUGAUGUGCUGGAGCCCCGCCCACAUGCGCCAAGGGUCUGAGGUGGAAUAGUAGCCCUCCAGCUUCUGUCUGUACUGUCUUUUGGCCUCUCGUAUGGACCUCCUCAGGUCAUAUCUGGCCUUUUUGUAGUCCUCAGCGGUGCCCAUGACAAAUGCAGUGGAACGAGCACGUAGCUUAGCCCUUACAUCACAGUUCAUCCACUGUUUUUGGUUAGGGUAUUUUCUGUAAUACUUGGUGGUGCUAACAGUCUCUAUGCAUGUGCUAAUGUAGCCAGUAACAGCAGAAGCAUAUUCAUCCAAAUCAACAGUACAAUCUUCCCUCCCCGCUGCAGUUUUAAACACAUCCCAGUUUGUGCAGCCAAAGCAGUCCUGAAGUACUUGAUCAGUUUCUUCAUUCCACACUUUAACUGCUGUACGUACAGGGGGAGCUUUUUUAAGAAGUUGUCUGUAUGUUGGAUAAAGGAAUAUAGAGAUGUGGUCAGCCUUUCCAAAGUGGGGUCUUGGAACAGCCUUCAAAGCACCUUUCAUGUUGCUGUAGACUUGGUCCAGGAUGUUAUUUUCCCUUGUGGGAAAGCUCACAUGCUGGUAAUAUUUGGGGAGGACAGUCCUGAGGUUACAGUGGUUGAAAUCGCCAGAUAUAAUGAAUACAGCGUCUGGGUGUUUGGUCUCGUGUUUAUCAAUGAUGUCAUGCAGGAGGCCUAGUGCAUUAGCAGUGUUAGCUCGUGGUGGGAUGUAAACAGCAGUUAAAUACACAGCGCUAAACUCACGAGGCAAAUAAAAAGGUCUGCAUUUCACCAUCAGCAGCUCAAUGUCCUGCGAGCAGUGCUUUUCCAUCGUCUGUACGUCUGUGCACCACCGUUUGUUUACGUAAACACAGACGCCGCCACCUCUGUGUUUACCAGACGCUAAAGUCCGAUCUCCCCGGUAAGCAGCAAAUGAUUCCAACUGGAUCGCCGAGUCCGGUAUAUCCUCCGUCAGCCAGGUUUCUGUGAAGGUGAGGACACAGCAUUCCCUGAUCUCACGUUGAGCUGUAAUCCUUGCUCGUAGUUCGUCCAUCUUGUUUUCAAGAGAGCGGACGUUGGCUAGCAGCAGGCUUGGUAGCGGUGGCCUCGUCGCUCUAGCUUUUAGCCUAGCAUGCAGGCCGGCCCGCUUGCCUCGUUUACGCCUCGGAUGCUUUGCUCGCCGGGUAUUCAGCUCACCAGGCCCGCAGGCUGCUGCGUUCUCUCGGCGCAGAAGAAAGGCAAAGUCUGAGAGGCUAAAUGAAAGUUCGUGGUGAACCCUGCCGAUGUUCAAAAGUGUCUCUCUGUUGUAAUGUACUGCGUGAGUGUGUUGAAUGUCCAAAAUGAACAAUAAAAUAGCAAAAAAUAGAAAAACACGGGAGAGUGUCACAGAGACGUCUGCCACGGAGGGCGCCAUCUUUGAUUGAUUGUAUACCAUGCCAUGCCAUGCCAUAGCACACCAUGCCUUAGUAUAGCACACCAUACCAUACCUUUGUAUACCAUACCAUGCCGUGCCAUAGCACACCACACCAUACCAUACCCCUGUAUACCAUACCAUGCCAUAGCACACCAUACCAUACCUCUGUAUACCAUACCAUGCCAUGCCAUAGCACACCAUACCAUACCUUUGUAUACCAUACCAUGCCGUGCCAUAGCACACCAUACCAUACCUCUGUAUACCAUACCAUGCCAUGCCAAAGCACACCAUACCAUACCUCUGUAUACCAUACCAUGCCAUGCCAUAGCGCACCAUACCAUACCUCUGUAUACCAUGCCAUGCCAUAGCACACCAUACCAUCGCACACCAUACCAUACCUUUGUAUACCAUGCCAUGCCAUAGCACACCAUACUAUACCUCUGUAUACCAUGCCAUGCCAUAGCACACCAUACCAUACCUCUGUAUACCAUGCCAUGCCAUAGCACACCAUACCAUCGCACACCAUACCAUAGCAUAGCACACCAUACCAUAGCAUACGAUACCAUACAGUAGCAUAGCAUAGCAUAGCUUACCAUAGGUGUUGGGAGACAGGGUAGUGACCAUUGAAGACAUGUGUUUGGUAAUUGUUUACAGUUUAAAGUGGGGGUGGGAAUCAAGUGUGGAACUUGGGCUUUGGAACCAAACCAUCCCACUUUGCUUCCUGACUAUGAGCUAUUGUUAAACAUACAAGUGAUCCCAACUGAGAGCACCCCCUCACCUGGACAUCUAUCCUUGCGUGCUCAUGUAUGGUGUAUAACACAAUACAGCAUAGAGACCACACUGGACGGAUGAUGUCUCACAGCUGGCCUGCCAACACCUUGGUCCCCCCCCCCCCCCAUUAUAAGACACAUCUAGCACUCUUAGUAUUGGUGUGAAACGGCUGCAGUUUGUGUUUCUGUACGGGGGGGUUGGGCUUAUCAAGCUUUGUCUCUGCACACAAAGAGCUUGUCUUUUGUUGGGCGUCCAUCAACUCGCUGACCUACUAAUUUACACUCAUACACUUGUCCUCCAAGGACCCCCACCACCACCACCCCACCCCCACAAUGGUAACAUUCAUUUAUUUGUUACCAAACCAGGGGCCACAUAGAAGAUGUGGGGGGUCACUUUGAUAGUCUUGACAUUUUCAUUCAUUGAAGGUGCUAAUAUCAGUCCAGUGUGGAUCCACAUAUGCUCAGAUACAAAUAAACAUCUCAGCUAUUGUUCUUGUUAUGUACAAGUUCCAUUUUAGAACAUAUGGCUUUUUGCAUUUAUUUUUUGUUUUCUGUGGUGUAAUGUUUACCUUUCAUUUUGUCGCCGGCCAAUUAAAAAAUGAGUGGUGGACUACAAAUGGCCCCUGUGCCUCACUUUGAACAUCCCUCGACUACCCUGACUUAAAUGAUCUUGUCCAAAGUGCCUUUUUCAUUUUUCACGUUUUUCACUUUGGCAUAUUGUAAAAAUAAAUGGACCAUGAAUGAGAUGACGAUCAUUUGCUUUGUGGCCUAUAACACAAAGCUAGGAUGUUUACUUCAGAGAGCUGAGCAUAUCCAGCGUGUCCCAAAACAGUGUACUGUGUAUACCCUUGCUGCAACAGUCCCCGACACUGCCAUGGAAAUGUUAGAUCCUUCCUUGAUGAGAUCUUGCCAAACAGGUGGAUUGGAAGAAGAGGUUUUGUUGAAUACCCUCCGUUUUCACCAGGCCUCACACCUCACACCACUGGACUUUUUUAAAUGUAGUUUUUAAGAGGAUACCUAAAAGACAAAGUCUACGCUGUGAGAUCUGCAACAGUCGCUGAUUUGAGAGCAGCCAUUGAACGUGAAUGCACGCAAAUAUCUAAGGAAUUGUUUGGUGACGUGUGCGAUUCCAUUGCUUCACGUUGUCAGCACUGUCUGGACCAGAAGGGAAAAAUCAUGUUUGUAAGUUCUAUUACAUUUGGAAAAUUGAACAAAUUAUAAUCAACAUCUACUUUACAGUGUUUAAGGUGUGUAUACCUUUUCCUGGUAAGGUUUUUUCAGGGGUUCUGGAGAGGAGGGUCUACCACAUAGUGCAUCUCGGAUUCAGGAGGAGCAGUGUGGUUUUGGUCCUGGUCGUGGAACUUUGGACCAGCUUUAUAAUCUUGGCAGCAUCCUUGAGGGUGCAUGGGAGUUUUCCCAACCAGUCCACAUGUGUUUAGUGGACUUGGAGAAGGCAUUCCACUGUGUUCCUCCAUGAAUCCUAUGGGGAGUGCUCCGGGAGUAUGGGGCGGUUUCUUCGCUGUAUGACCAGUGUCAGUUUGCCGGCAAUAAGUUGGACUGGUUCCAAUGAGGGUUGGACUUCACCCGGGCUGCCCUUUGUCACCGAUUCCAUUCAAUACUUCUAUGGACAGAAUUUGUAGGUGCGCCCAGGGCGUUGAGCACAUCUGGUUUGGUGGCUGCAGGAUUGGCUCUCUGCUUUUUGCAGAUCGUGUGGUCCUGCUGGAUUCACCAGGUCAUGAUCUUCAACCUUCACUGGAUCUGUUCGCUGUCGAGAGAAGGCUGAGCCGGGCAAGGCAUGUGUUCCCUCUCGCUGGUGGGAGGACUACCAGGGAUUUGCAAUGGGGUGGAUGCCACCAGAAGAAAACAGAGAAGGGGAAGACCUAGAAAAACACGGCCAUCCCUGGUGGAUGAGAUGAGAUCUGUUUUAUUUGCAGGGAUCCCCAUUAGCUGUGCUCUAAAAACCAAAGCAAUAGCCCCAACAAUUGGACAGUUAGUCGACUAUGGACAAAAUGUAACAAAUCAAAUUGGACAGUGAUAAUCCUUCGUGGUAAGGCAGCCUUAGAAGAAAGUAGGAAAUAGCGACACAGACUGGAGCACGUGAGGAACAGCCUGGUGUCUUCCAGCUGGUUUAGCCAACCGACUGCGUGGUCUGUCAAGGUGUGUACCUCAGCGAUCCCUUCAGGGAAACACCUGGGUUGCUCUUAACAAGUGCCACGCUCGGUCAGAAUGACUGCCGUCACAGUGAGGGAGUCAAGGCAUUGUUCUUGAUUGCUUGCUGUGGAACCCAACACUGCUGCCUCCUGGAAAGUGUGAGUGCCGGUGGUGCUGACGUGACGUUGGUUGUCAGAGACAGGAAACACCAGACGGAAAACUGGAAGUGGCCAAAAUAAGAGUGUAGGGAUGCAGACCAUGACACAAACUUUUCUUUGUGGCUCUUUAGGAUGCGUAUUUGAGUACGCCUCCUGCUUUAAGACCCAAACUCCACCAAUGUGUGACCAACCCAUUGAGGUCCAAGACCUGUUCCAAGAGAUCCAGGAUGGACAGAUUCUCAUGGCUCUUCUGGAGGAACUGUCUGGCUGCAAGCUGCUUCAUGGCUUCAAGAAGUCCUCCCAUCGUAUCUUCAGACUCAACAACAUUGCCAAGGUCCUGUCUUUCCUGGAGGAGAGAAAUGUAAAGCUUGUCAGUAUUGAUGCUGCUGAUGUUGCUGAUGGAAACUCCUCCAUCAUACUAGGACUCAUCUGGAACAUCAUCCUCUUCUUCCAGAUAAAGGAAUUGACUGGCAACAUAAGGAGUCAGUUCCCAUCCAGCUCCAGCCUGUCGUCCAUACCCACCAGCUUGGAACCAUUGAACUGCAGCGUAGCAUUGCCAGACACACCGAUGGCGCCCCCAAGCACGAGAGAACACAGCAAGGCCAUCACAAAGCUGCUGCAGUGGGUGCAGAAGCGAACACGCAGGUAUGGUGUGGCAGUUCAGGACUUUGGCAAGAGCUGGACAAGCGGUCUUGCUUUCCUUGCUGUCAUCAAGUCCAUUGACACCAGCCUGGUGGACAUGCGGAAGGCCCUGCUGAGGAGUGCCAGGGAAAAUCUGGAGGACGCCUUCAGGAUUGCCCACUACAGCUUGGGUAUCCCACGCCUUCUUGAGCCUGAAGAUGUGACCAGCAGUGCUCCAGAUGAACAGUCCAUCAUGACAUAUGUGUCACAGUUCCUUCAGCACUUCCCAGGCACAGAUGAGCAGAGAGAGCCUUACCCGCUCAUGGAAAGGAGUAUCUCUUUGGGCCGACUCAACUUCCGACACCCUGACCCCCACCAUCGGGCGACAAGUGCUUAUUCUAGCCGAGAAACAGGGCGUUCCUUCGUGAUCCAGAAGGACUGUGCACAACCUCCACCUAAAAUCUUGUUUUCGUCGGUGUCAGAGGACAGAGGGGGUGUGUCACCAGCCAUCACACCAGCCAUAACUCGCACAUUUAGUGAAGACUUGGUCGCUGAUUCUUCCUCCUUGGACGUCAAGGAACUGACAGAAGAUGUCUUAACCGGCUCAGUGGAGCAGCUCACUGACACUCCCGUUCCCAUUUACUCUUCUUUGGCUCCUGAAUCGUUCAUGAUGGAUUCUGCUAUCAACUCCCCAGAUUCCUGGGUGGAGAGUGAGGAUCGAGGCAUUCUUGUGAAAUUGAGUGCAAGCCAAAGUGACAGUUCGUUGUAUGGUUGCACAACACCUUGGGAUGUCGACCAUGCCACUCCUGUUGAGAUGAUGGCUGUUGAUGGAGCUGUGGUCCACAUUGCGGAUAAAGUACUUGAUGAGCAGUCAAUGACGGAGUCUUCCACUGAUGAAGGGCUUUUCUCACUCAGCUCUUUCAAUAGCAUGCAGGAGCAUAUGCUAGGAAACGGAGAGCAGAAGGUGCUGGACAAUAACGGAGUCAAUGUGGAGAACCAUGAAGACUUUCCACCAAACCUGCUGAAAGAACAUGAAUUUGAAAAUGAGGGCGAGAAAGCGGGUUGUGUCUACAAACAGACAGAUGCAGAUUACCCUCAAAAAGAACAACAACCCCCUGGUGACACUGUGUCGUCCUGCGGAGGUGAAUGCCAAGCAGAAAGUGAUGCUGCUGAGCAAUCCCAGGACUUGUCCACUUGUCCACCUGAGCCAUCAUCCAAACAGCAAGUUGUGGAGAAGUGCAGCGUUCCACCCAGCCCCUGUACAGAAGAACUUCAGGGUGGAAAGAAAAUGGGACAGGAUUGUAAUAAAACGCAUCCGUCUGAACAAACACAUGCAAAUGAUUUUCUCCAAGAUGAUUUAUCCUGUGAGGAAGCAGAAAAACUGUCACUCUCUGCAGAUGAGUAUCCACAGGAAAGCGUUGGACCUCAAGCGUACUGUGACCAAGAAGUCACAGAGCCGUGUUGUGUUCCACCAAGCGCUGAUGGAGAACAGGCGUUUGACGCCGUGAGAGAUUCCCACCUUAGUGAAGGCAGUCUGGCCGGUGGGGGAGACGAGGAAAUGCUUCAGGUAGAAGAUGAAUGUAAGAACACAGACUGCUUGUCACAGGACAGAAGAAGUGAGGAUGAGGGCGAGGAAGGGCCCACAGGAAGACAAAAUGAAGCCAUUGACGGGGACAUAAGAUGCUGCCCAGGUCAGCUGAGCUCAGAUGGAAACUCAAACACAACUUCAACGCAAUGUGCAAGAAAUGUUGGCAUGCAUGCAGAAGACAUGCGUGCACCUUUCCAUGACCCGCGGCAGGAUGCACAGGACAGAACGACAGGACUUUCAGAAACUGCCGUGUGUUAUGAAGUGCCAGACGCAGGCGGGACAACGGAGGCGUUCCCCACAGACCUUUGCCAAGCUACGCCCACAGAGGAUGUCGCUUGUGACUUUAUGGAGCCCAUGGACCUGUUUUACCCAAACAAAGACGAACACCUUGAUACAGAGCCCCCUGAUGACCAAAUUCAGAGCUGGCCGACUGUUUUCAGCGUAUCUGCCCUGGAGCCAGCUCCAUCUUCCAAGAUGCUGCCAGAAGAACCACCUCUUCAGCCCGUGGAUCAUGACUUCCUGGUGGGUUUGGAAUACGAGGACAAUAAGGUGACGGCUGAGAGGGACAGCCCAUCUGCACCCAAAAAGCAAGUCAUGAUAGGACUCACGGAAGCUGUUUUUCCACCAACAUGCGAUGGUCUGAGUGAGGCUCAGCAUGACAGCCAAGGCUCUGCCAAGGAAAACACAAAGCCUGUGAGCCAUGACAUCCAAAGCUGGAAAGAAGAAGUCCUGGUCUCUCCGGUACUCCGACACAGGAAGGGGCUUCACUCCUCACAAGCCACGGACAAUGGCAUGGACACGACCGCCUUUUCCAGGAAACGUUACAUGGAUGACUCAGAGUGUUGCUGGAGCGAGAGCUGGGAGGCGUAUCUUCUGUUUGUAUCGUGGCUGCUGCUCUACUGUUUCUGGCUGCUGCCGCCAAUGGACGUCAACGCUUGACCGGCUGGCUUGAUGGACAUCAAGCACUGAACACACACAUUUACACCAUCUUUACAACACACACACACUUCCUGUAUAUUUUUGAAGAAACGCGUUGGUAUUUCGUCAACACAUCAAAUAUUUACUCCCACACGCGCAUUACUUGACUUUCACACACGUUCCUCAAGCUUUUCUUGUUGGUUGUGUCCAUGAAUGUCAUCCUUUCCUUUAUUAUCACGCAUGCCCCAUACAGUACCUUCUUUUUUUCAACCCAUACCGAUAACUUCCUGCUUCUCAAGACUGAUCACCGAAAACUGUUGAUAUCAGCUUUUUCAGUGUAGAUGCAAUUGUAGUUUGUGCACACCUGGAGGUGAGAAGGACUGGAACAAAUGAGGACGUGUUGGUUUUGAAAUAUCAUGUCAUUACUGCUACCCAGGGCUGGGCGAUCAGGGCCAAAACCCAUACCCCGUAUGUUUAGCUUGUAUGUCGAGAUACAACAUACACUAAGUCCCCAACUAACGAACACAAUUGGUUCCAGACGAGCGUUCUUAAGUGGAAUUGUUCUUAAGUAGGGUAAAAGGUAAUAUUAGCAAUGAUAUAGGUACUACAUGUACGUGUAUACAUAUACAGUAUAUGUGUAUGUAUGUAAAUAUGAGUUUGGAUGUAGUAGUAAUAUUAAACCAGGAUAAUGAAUGAAAAAAACAAUAAUAAAAGUGAUAUAAUAAUACGUAAUGAUAAAUGUUAUUUACCUUUGAAGAGGAGUGGUCCAGCAUACGUCGUUGUGGUGGAGGAGGAGGAGUUAUUGAAAAAAAGGACAAAUGGUGGUGGUGGUUAGAAUCUUCUAAAAGAGGUAGUGUUCUGUGGGUGGUGUAGAAUUAAGCAGGCCUAUUAACUCUUCAUAAACUUUAAUCACACGCUCUGUCCUGGUUGUAUCAUACAACUAACAAUGUAGCUUUCUCUCUACCGCCGUUGGUCCCAUUAGCAGUGUCACAGCGCCCUCUGCUGGUCAAGCAUGUGCAGUAUAAAUACUGAUGGAGCUACUAGAAGGCAAAAUAAAAUAAAAUACAGACCAGUCGGCUUCUGUCGGUUUCUGUUUCACAAAUGUUCGCAAGUCGGAUGUUCAUAAGUUGGGGACCUAGUGUAUAUCCCCAGCGAAGUUGUAUUAUUCAAAUUUGAAAAAUCUUGAAAAAUAGUCCAAGCUCUUUUUGAAAUAAAUCUAGAAAAAGUGAAAUAGGAUCCUCAAUCUUAAUCUGACUGCACUCACGGUGGUCCCUCUGCAGCCUGAUUAGCGCCGUUAGCUCUUCCAUGUCGCGUUCCCCGUGGCGACGGACGCUAAACGUGGUUUAUGCCGUCUUUUCCUCUGUCGGCGCUUCACUUCCGCCGUGCAGCCUCUCCUCCGUUUCUCCAUGGGGGCGUGGCUCAAAGCUAACGGCUGCUCCCGAGUGGAAACGCCUUGAAUGAAUGCGUCUCCUGCAACGCGCAAGAGGCAAACUUCAAACGUAACGAGAUGAACAUCCAUAGCUGCGCACCUGCUUAAGGGGUCGCUAUGGCACAAAAAACAAUCAAGGACGAAGAAAGCACUAUUAAACACUAAAAACGCCGUGGAAAACACGGAGCUGCUGUAGCUAGCUGCCACUCCGGCGGUGCCAUCUUGACCCAUGAGACCUCCACAUCAAAUCCAGACUACAGUAUAUUGAUGUGAACCAUAUGAUUGUUUUUGAUACCGUGCUUCAAAGAAAUAUCAAUAUUUUAAGAAUAUCAGUAUAUCACCCAGCCCAACUACCACCAUGAGAACCAGAAUAUAGAGGGGGAGGAGCCACCUGCUGUCGCCCAGCAAGGUGCACUGUAUUCGGACACGCUCCGAGCAGCCGGUGCGAUGCCACGGACGUUUCUGGCAAACCUUUUGCACUUUUCAAGCGUUUCAGGUUUUCCCAUUAGGUUUGUUUGUGCGCACCGUGGGUUUUUAUCCCCUGGAACAUUUGGUACAACCAGCACGUGAAAUGUCUUCCUCUUAAAGUGAAUGUUUGUUUAUGAGUGAGCUCAGGGGAAGUUACGACAGGCCGUAGGAGCGAAAAGGAACGCUUGAUUUGCUCGUCCCCAAUCGCCUCAUUGGAGCGUUUUGUGAAAGCCAUUUUUAAUGUUAUCAGAUUUAUGGGUAUGUUGUGAUAAUUCCCUCAUAUCGGCCCCCUAGCUAUGGUGCACCCCUCGUUGUUGUUGUUGUUAUUCAUAUGAUACUUUUAGCUUUUAAUGCUAAAAGUCACAAAGUCCAAAGUUUUGCAGCAAUCAGGGAAACUCCUGUUCCAAAAUCAUUUCUCAGGAUUCUUGCCUUAUGUCCUUGAAAGUACUUUAGUAGUAGUAGUACCAGUAGUAGUAGUUUCAAUGGAAAUGAGAUGAUUGAAAAGAGAAUAAAAGAUAUGUUUAUGUCAGAGAAUGUAAAUGGUAACAUAUUUUGAGAGCAUGCUUGCAUUGCUGUGCUAUUUUUACUAUAAAUGCUACGUGUUCUUGGGAUGGGAUGCAAACAUUUGAUAUGAAAUACAUUAUAUUGCUCAAAAUAGCUCGAGAUGAAACCUUAAAAUCAUCACGUGUGAAGGCGAUGGCUGAAACAGUGGAUGCUGUCAUUGAUCGAUUGAUUGCUUCGUGAUGUUUGAGUCGCGUUUAACCAGCUCAGGCCUUUGUGCUGUGGCCUUCUUCCACACCAAACUCGCCCAAGCAUGCCUUGAUGGAAGUGACGUCCUUUUAGGCUGAGAAAAGCGGCAGAUGAAAAAAUAGCAAGUCAGCACUUUUUCCAACCUGCAAUUCUCUCUAAGCGCGGACCACACCCCUCGCACCAAUCAAUCCUAAUCGAUACCAGACGCAAUCAUGCAAACAUUCACAGACGACACCUCCCUUCUACCACAUUUGUUGAAAGGUUUGACAUUUAAAAUGCACACACGUAGCCUCCCCAUUGGCCCCUCAUGUGAGUCUACUGGUACCUUAGCCUCCUGAUUGGCCAGUGAUGUAAAUCUACUUGCAUAGAACCUUGACGUGAAGGAAACUGGACUGAGUAGAAUAAGAAACCACUUUCUGAGUCAGUAUGAGCACUUUGAAUGUGGGGCGUUGCUCAUGCUAAAAAGAUGUUUUUAAUGAAUGCUUUGUGUACGUGACGAGUCCACAUGUACUGUUCUUCUGUUCUACCUUCUUUACCACAGUGGCUUCAAAGUAAAAGACACUUCAUAACAAAA